AUGAGUUGCACUAGGGUUCGGUGUGUUGGAUGGAGUGCUGUUGCGUUCAUCGCUGUUGCCGGUUGCGUUUUCAACGCUCGUGAUUGCAAUUUGAAUUACACUGAACCGGCUCAAGCUGUUCACUGGGUCCAGAAACGCUUCGUUCCUUUCAUCCCGAAUGGUGGUGUGGCGAAAGUAUUAUUUACAGCGGCGCUUCCUGUAAAAUUCCAGCACAAAACGAAACGCAGCUUAAGUUGGGCGCAUAACCUUCAGGCUAAUUAUGCCAUUCCGGGCAGAAUUAUUUGGCCCCUACCGGAGAGCUACUUCAAGGCGCGUCUUGACGAGGGAAGUUUCGUCGACAAUAGCAGAGUCCAGCUGUACAGAAUACUAGAGAAAAUGGUCGAUUCGUGGAACAAUAAUGGCAGGGGUUGUCUCUUGCGGACGAUAUGUGAGGUGGCAGACACACCGCUGAAGCAUAACGGAUUGGUCGGAGAGAUUCUUGAUGUGAUUUUCACACCUUCCGAAGCAGAUAGAGUGGAUUUGGAAUAUAAGCUGGCUUCGAGGUACGGAGCAAAUGGUGUUGAUUGUGGCAGACUCUACAAGGAAUGUCUCGCAGGAUACGGUCUACUGGAUGAGCUUUCAACUGUUUUGGUUACGUGAUAAUUUUUUACAAUUUAGAAUCGAAAUUGAAGUUGCUAUCAAGAUAUGGCCCAAUGCGAGUUUUAAGUAUGUGGAUUUGUAUCCUCAAAAUUUGU